UCAGAGCGCCCCCGUAUAAAGUCCAUCGCCCAUUCCGUCUUCGAUAUCAACCCCUUCUCUCUGAAUAGUUCAGGAAGGGUAUUACCCGUCAUCGCUCAGCAUCAUGUCGGCAAAAGUUUAUGUUGGGAAUCUGAGUUGGAACACAACAGAUGAGUCGUUAAGACACGCAUUCUCGGAAUUUGGCAAUGUCCUCGAUGUGCGCGAUCUAUUUGAUAGGCGAUCUCCCAUCGUGGCCAUCGUCAUGAAGGACCGUGAAACCGGUCGCUCUCGUGGUUUUGGUUUCGUUACCUUCGGUGCCGGCGAAGAGGCAGAUGGAGCCAUCAAUGGAAUGAACGAACAGGAGCUGGACGGUCGCCGGCUCAGGGUUAACCUGGCCAACGCUAGACCAAGUGGUGGAAGGCGGCGGCGGCGGCUACCAGGGUGGCGGCGGAUACGGCGGCGGCGGCUACUGAGCGGUUACGGUUUCAAAGAUGGUCGGUCUCGCAAUUCUGUAUGAUGUCCAAAGGUCGUGUUCCCUCGCGUCAAGCUACGAUAUUUCCGCAUGCAUUACAGUAUCUUGUUGAUCAUAACGCAACUUAAAUACUUGGUCGAAAUUUGUAUCAAAUUACAUGUCCUCGAGAUUGUUUUCGAUUUACGAAGCAAAACUUGAAGUUGGAUGGAAUAUCGUCUGUAACGCAAUGAUCAGCACUAAGUAGUACAUA